AAACCCUCAGUGUAUAUGGUGAACAAGUUGAAAAUAAUCGUGUCUAAGGGUGUUGGAAGAAUGCAGCCAAUAUUGAGUCCUCUAAGUGUAUUUAUGAGAGCUGGUUUGAAGAGGACCAUCAGACCACAAUGCCUCAGAUCAUUCCAUGCUGUGUCCUCCAGUAUUACAUAUCCAGUAAAACCAUGUGUCGACCCUCAUGACAACAAAAGAAAGCAUCCAAGCAUCCAAAAUCAUGAAACCAACAUUAAUCGAUCAAUAUCUUCACAGUCUAUUAGAGAUUCAAUGUCAAACCUGGUAACAGAAUAUUUUGGGCCAGAGACAUUGUUUGUGAACUCUGCAAUGAAGUCGUUAAUGUUCUGUCAUGACGUCACAGGAUUGCCCUGGUGGGCUACAAUUUGUGUGGUGACUGUUGGUUUGAAGACACUUUUAGUUUUUCCACUUUCGGUUCAUGGGAGGAAAGUUAAUGCUAAGCUUGUUUUAAUGAAUGAGAAAAUGUUGAAGAUAUUUCCAGAGUUAGAGAGAGAGGUGCACAUUGAAGCUGUAAGAAAAGGAUGGACCCAACAGGAGGCCAAAAUGGUAUUUCAAGUUAAUAAAAAGAAGAUAAUAAGAGAACAUUACAUAAAAGAGAACUGUCACCCAAUGAAAGGCUUUGCCUCUCUGUUAACACAGCUACCUCUCUGGUUGUCUGUCUCCUUUGCUUUGAGACAUUUAUCAGGAUCAUUUUAUUGGGCAAGUAAAACUGAAGCAACUAAAUAUAUAGCCAUAGAUAUGCAGAAUGAAGGAGUGCUGUGGUUCAGCAAUCUUUUCCAGCCAGAUCCUUUCUACAUUUUACCAAUUAUUCUUCUGUCAACAAAUCUUGCCAUUGGUGUAAUAAACCUUUAUGAACUCAGGAAAAUGAAGAGAGGAAAUUUAGCCAAAGUACUUACAGGAAUGAUGAUGUUUUAUUCUGUUGCCAUAUUUUCCAUUAGCAUCCUGAUGCCUUCAGAAAAGGAUUUUGCACCUUCAGUGAGUAUUCCAGACUUUCUACAUGUUAAACUAAAUGCAGAGAGUGUAACCAUAAAUUAUGAUGGCCAGCAGCACGAGUUUGUAUUAUCUGUGCUUCAGAAGAUGCUUCUUUUCCAUGGAAAUAAUAAGAAAAAUGGUUGCAUCUAUAAAUCAAUGUGCGACUCAGUAACAGUAACUAUUUACAGAAGCACAAAUACGGUUCUCAUUCAAGGGACUGGUGCAUUUGAAUGGUACCAAAAUGACUUUAUAGAAGAAGUUAAAAGUCAAAUGGACAUCAGCCAAAAUGACUCUCUGACAGAUUGCAAGAUUAUUGUCAAUCAACCAAGCUGCACAUCAACUCCAAGACCUUCAAAACAAAAUGAAUCAAGUGUGGAGAUAGAUUGCCACCAGUGUAGCAGCUCAGAAAACGUACAACUUCUUUCUGAAACUGUUAAAUUGCUGACACAGGAAGUAAAUCUUCUAAAGAAACAGCUUUUGGAUGCACGACAAACAAAAGCCUGUGCCAACACCUUCACACAGACUCCGAGAACACAGAUGAAACAGAAGGCAACAUCGACCGAAGGAAUAUCUGUUAAAACUGGUAUAUUGCGACACAGCCAAUGCUCAUUUAGUGUUGACAAAAAAACUACCAGUACAUCAACAGAUACCAUGGAUUCCAGUUCUGUAUGGAAAAACACACAACCCACACAGAAAAACAAAAUGAUGGCGACAAAGGACAGUCCUAAUUUACAUCCCUCCAGAGAGAGCCAGCCUUCAUCGACUCCUAAAGGACGAGGAAACUUCCCCAGGAUUUCGAAUUCUCCAUUUAUUUCUACAAGAGAACGAACCCAAAAAACUACCCUGUGUAUUACGUUUUAUUGGUCGACGUCAGCUGUUUGCAGUCUUGUACAACUAUUGUUACUCAAUAAUCUGAAGAUGCAAAAGGUCCUUGGAAUUCCCGAUGUGAGACAUCUGUUAAAAAAAGAUAUAAAUAAAACCAGCAACAUUCUGGACGGACAGACAAAAGUGGGUGGUGCUUCUCCACACACCGGAGGAAGGGACGAAAAACCACCCCAAUUUUCUGGCUCCGGUGCUCCGGCACUUUCAGCUUCACGAUGGGUUCCUCCCAGCACACUUAGGAGAGAUGGUCCUGGUCACGAUGAACGCACAGAUUUUACCUUUCGACGAGUCAGGGGAAUACUUAAUAAACUUACACCGGAAAAAUUUGACAAACUCAGUUUAGAACUUCUCAAUGUAGGAAUUGAAUCCCAAGUUAUCCUUAGAGGAAUUAUUUUAUUGAUUUUUGAAAAAGCCCUUGAUGAACCCAAGUAUAGUUCUAUGUACGCACAGUUAUGCCAUCAACUAUGUGAAGACGCACCAAACUUUGAACAAACCUCAUCUAACAUCACUACCUUCAGACGACUUCUUUUAAACAAGUGCCAGGAUGAAUUUGAGAACAGAUCCAAGGCCACUGAGGUUUUUGAUCGCCGAGACAGCCCCCUUACACCAGAUGAAGCAGAACAAUAUCAUAUUGCCAAGCAGAAAAUGCUUGGCAAUAUCAAAUUCAUUGGAGAACUUGGGAAACUGGAAAUGCUUCAUGAAGGUAUUCUACAUAAAUGCAUUAAACAGCUUCUGGAGAAGAAGAAGAACAUCGCUAUGGAAGACAUGGCUGAAGACCUCGAGUGUCUGUGUUACCUAAUGCGCACCGUCGGACGACGUCUUGACACCAACAAGGCCAAGUCCUGGAUGGAUCAAUAUUUUGCACGAAUGAGGUCAUUCGCUAAUAGAGAAGAACUGCCUUCCAGAAUUCGCUUCAUGCUUCAGGAUGUACAAGAACUCAGAAACAAUAAUUGGAAACCGCGCCAUAUCAACAGAGAAAAUGGACCUAGGACAAUUACAGAAAUAAGAAAAGAAGCCGCUGAUGAGGAGGGAGAAUAUUAUCCGAUGCCACAACAGAAUCGGAUGUAUGGAGGGAGGCAGAUGAACGGGAAUAUGCAGGGCUGGAUGUCUGGACAGCAGGGAAACAUGGGAGACUUAUUUGGAAUGUCAGGUCCAGGCAUGAUGAUGGGUUCAAUAGGUACAGGACCAGGUGUGAUAAAUGACAUGCCGGGUUACAUGGGAGGUAAACAGAGAAUGAUGCCGCAACAGGGGCAGGGAUUCAAUAAAUUCAAUAAUCAACAAAGGGACACAGGGAUGCAGAGGAGACAGAAUGGGGGAAGCCCCACCAUGGGGCGCCACUCCCCACAGAAUCAGCAACAGUUUCAGCCAACUCACAAUAAUGCACCAAGAGAUCUGCCACCAAGGUUUGUCAAAUUAGCCCAACAGCAGCAAUCACAGACUGCUCCCCCAGGGGCAAUGAAUGGAACAGCUGUUGUCAUAGUUCCUCCUAAUGAAGAAAUCAGUCUGAGACCAGCCAAAAAUUUUAACGUUUUUAAGCCAAACACGCCAAGUAAUUUGCCAAGGUCGACACACCCCACAGCACCAACUGCAGGUUCUAUGAGAAUGACAGCGGCUCCAGACCCACCAAAGCCUCUACUCAACAAACAGCCUCAGAUAACCAUUAAGCAGGUGGAGAGUAAAGAGAAGCCCAAAUCAAACAAAAGAUUUACACCCAGCAAAGAUGAAGCACAGAAGAUUGUGGAGAAUUUACUGACCGACUUCUUAGAAAACGGCGAAACCAAUGAAGCAUUGACAGCUUUCAAGGACAUGUAUGCUCCCAAAAAAUACAUACCAGAGUUGUUGACGAAGAUGAUGAAGAUGACUGUGGAGAAGACAGACGAUGACAGGGAGAAAAUGAUGACGUUGAUCUCGGCAAUGAAAGCUGACAAUCUCAUCACCUCAGACCAAACCAUGGAGGCACUUCAGUCAGUAUUUGAACAGAUGGGAGAAAUGGAGGCUGAAUUCCCCUUGAUACGGUCUUAUGUCUCUACCUUUGCUGCCAUGAGUAUCACAGGUCAGGUCGUGACCUUGAAUGAGCUGGCAGAGCCUCUGGAGAAUGGAGCUUACUAUCCCUUAUUCCUGAUCUCACUGCAACAGAUGCACAAAAUCAAGGGCAAAGACUGGCUCACCAACCUGUUCAAUGAGAGUAAACUGGACUUACUGAAAAUGUUGCCAGAAAUUGAUCAAAGAAAGGAGCGUAUGAUGGAAAUCUUGGAGGACCGGGGGCUGAGUUUCUUGUUUCCCCUCCUGCGCGUCCAGUCCGAGCUGUGGAAAGAGAUGCAGACAGAACCCAGUGCCACGGCUUUAUUCAAGUGGAUCAAGGAACAUGUCAACACUGAUCUACAAUACUCUUCAGGAUUUCUGAAUAUUCUUACUACAAGUUUGAUGAAAUAUGUAACUCAAGAUUCCACUCUUGGGGAUGAUGUAGACGCUACAGUGGCCCCAGAAAAAACACUGAUAGACAAAGAAAAACAGAAUUUGGAGAAAAUGAAGGGAGUUUUGCAGAUGUUUCUACAUGAACAUGUUGAUCUGCAAAUUGCUGCUCUGUAUGCAGCUCAAGUCUUUUGUUACUCUCAUGAAUUCCCAAAAGGUAUGCUGUUACGUUUCUUCAUGAAUUUAUAUGACAUGGAAGUUGUUGAAGAGGAAGCAUUUCUGAAAUGGAAAGAGGAAGUUAAUGACCAGUAUCCAGGGAAAGGGAAGGCUUUGUUCCAGGUGAACCAGUGGCUGACUUGGUUGGAGCAAGCUGAAGAAGAGAGCGAUGAAGAUGAAGAUUAAACACUGUCAAAGUUUGUUAUAGGGAGAAAGGAUAGGCAGAGGAAUAUGGAUUAUUUUUAUCUUGGAUGUUGUCAUCAUAAUUUUGUUCAACAUCUUUUGUGCACUCUAAAACUCAGAUGCUGUUAACAUUUGUGCAUUAAAAAUAGUCUUUAAAAGUCAAAACAAUGAAAAUAGUAACAUUAUCAUGGAGAAACCUGCAAUUUGUAAAAGAGGAAAUUGGGUAUUUUCAUAGAGGAUUCAAGCCAUCUGAAGACUGUGUCUUUUGAAUCUAAAACUAAAGAUGUGCAUCACUUGAGAAUUUUAUUGUAUUUGAAAUCUGCUUUGCUUUGGAAUUGUUUUGAAAUUUUAUUCACAUGAUUUGAAGGGAAAUUAUAUUCACAUAUUUAAAAAGAAUUAUUAUGCUUUGUUGAAAAUAUGCCAUGUAUUAUUUAUUAAGUUUGAGUGAAAUUGGACGAAAUGAACUUUAUUGUUUGCUAGGUUAUGAAGGAAUGUUCAAGCAAUUUUAAAAGAUCAACUUUGAUUUGUUUCCAUAUUAUAGUUAAAGUGGAAUUUUUUUCUUUUUUUAUUGAGGAGAGUGAAAAAAGGGUAAAAUUCUAGAAUCUGAGAAAAGAUGUCAUUGAGACCAUAAAUUGUAUUUUGAUUUAGAGUUAAAAUAAAUGCCAGAAUUUUAACUGUAAAAUAAGCAUUUGGUAUGCAUUUACAUGUAAACUGUGAAGGAGGGUGUUUGGUGAAAAAAAUACAUUUUGGUAGUGGGUGUGAUUUAAAUUUUAUAUCCAGGAUUAACUUAGCUAUAUGUUUUUUUAUAAGGAGAUUUUGUAUUUGCUUUCUAAUGUUUCAACAUUCAUUAAAUAUUUAGCCACUGAAGGUAUUGGUCCUCCUUUACACCUAAUUAUUCUUUGUCUCACCAUUUGUCACAGGGAUGACAAAGUACAUUAAAAUUUGAUUGUUUGGAAGAAUUUGAAAAUACAUAUUGCUCAAUUUAUCAUAGAUAAAAAAAACAUUUAAAACGGUCAGAAUCAGUAAGGUAACAAUUGUAUUUUACAUUGUGAAAAAUUGGUAGGAAUCGCACAGAAUAUUUCAAUGUAUGGGGAAUGCAGGGAUUUGUGAAUCGUUUGUGAUUGUGAUGCUGAACAUAGCCACUGUGUUUAACUAAGGAUGGGAAAUGAAGUAUUGAGAAUUUGAAUUUUAUAAUGUAUCAAAUAAUUUCUGUAAUUGCUUGUGUAUAUACUUUGAAUUAGAACAGUGCAUGUUGUAGAUAGGAUAAGCAUAUGUGGUAAAUUAUUUUUAUGUACCUCUUAAAAAUUUUAUGAGAAUCUUAUUGAAAAGUUGAAAUGUGCAUUAGAGAAAUUCAUAUAUACAUGUAAAUGUGUCAAAUUUUUAACAUGUAAAUUAACCAGAUUAGCUUUAUAAACUUUACACAUGUGAAUGAGCCUACAAAAGAAGGGUGAAUAAAUUACUUAUAUCUCAUAUAAAUUGAUUUGAUAAUCUUGAUUUUUUUUUUAUUUGUAUAUAUUUUUGCAUUUACAUUAACAGAUCUUUUUCUUUGUGUAUUUUAAUGCCAGCAUACAUGUUGUAUAUAUGUUGUUUUUCUACAUUUUGAACUCCCCCAAUUUUUUUUAAUCAUGCAGGUAGACAAUUAUAUUAAAGUAGAAGCAUUUAGUAUGCUACCCAAGAGAUAAAGUUUAAUAUGUUGAUCUAGAUAUCUCAAUACAUACAGGAAAAAUGAUAAGACUACUGGAUUCAUAUAGAAGGGAAUAUAAGAAGGCAUAGUAUUCAGUUGGAACGUUAAAGUAUAUUAUUCCAUGUAAAAAAAGUUUUCAAAUUUUAAAGAUCAUUGCAUUAAUGCCUUGUUUAAUCUAAUUUGAACACAUAUUGAUUAAUUGGGUGGUUUAUAUUGAUUUGCUUUUUUUUUCAUUCAGGUUUAGUAUUUUAAAGUCAUUUCACUUAUAAUUAUAUACUGGUAUACAUUUGAUAUGUAUUGCAUUCUAUCAGAAGAGUUCCGAAAGCACACAAAGAUUUGUGUUCUAGCAGUGUUUUGCUGUAUUUUAAUUAAUUAAUCACAUCAUUUUGUCAGCUUACAGUUAGCUUAUUUAAAAAUAAAAAUAUACAUGUAGUUGGAAA